AUGGAGGAGGCCGACCGACAGCUCCUGCGGCGAAACCGUCUGCGUCUGGUGGGCGAGCUGCAAGUCGCCGAGCUCUGGGACGCUCUGCUGAGUCGACAGCUCUUCACGCGCGACAUGAUCGAGGAUAUUCAGCGGGCAGGCUGUGGGUCUCGGCGGGAUCAGGCCAGGCAGCUGGUCACAGAUCUUGAAACCCGAGGGAGGCAGGCCCUUCCUCUCUUCAUCUCCUGCUUAGAGGACACAGGCCAAGGCGCCCUGGCUUCAUUCUUGCGAACCAGUCGGCAAGCAACCGAGCAGGAUCCAGAGGCUGUUAAACCCCAAGAUCACCUGGUACCUGUGGUCCUGGGACCAAUAGGACUCACACCAAAGGAGCAGAGCGUACUGAAGCUGGAGCCAUCGCAGCCUGCCGUGGGAAACCUCUCCCCAGUGGUGCUGGGGCCUGAAGAGCUCUGGCCUGCUCGGCUCAGGCCAGAGGUUCUCAGACCAGAAACACCCAGGCCAGUGGACAUCAGUGCUGGUGGAGCUCAUAAUGUCUGUGCUCCAGAGACGAUUAGGGGACAUGCAGAUAUGGCAUACAUCCUGGAUUCGGACCCCUGUGGCCACUGCCUCAUUAUCAACAAUGUGAACUUCUGCCCUUCCUCGGGGCUCAACAUGCGCACUGGCUCCAAUGUGGACUGUGAGAAGCUUCACCGCCGCUUCCGCUGGCUGCACUUCAUGGUGGAGGUGAAGCAUGACCUGACUGCCAAGAAAAUGGUUGCAGCUUUGGUGGAGAUGGCGCACCGGGACCACUAUGCCCUGGACUGCUUUGUGGUGGUUAUUCUUUCUCAUGGCUGCCAGGCCAGCCAUCUCCAGUUCCCGGGUGCUGUCUAUGGCACAGAUGGAUGCUCUGUGCCCAUUGAGAAAAUUGUGAACAUUUUCAAUGGGACCAGCUGCCCUAGCCUGGGAGGAAAGCCAAAGUUGUUCUUUAUCCAGGCCUGUGGUGGCGAGCAGAAAGACCAUGGCUUUGAGGUGGCCCACACAUCUUCACAAGGCAGAGCCUUUGACAGUGACUCUGAACCAGACGCUGUCCCAUACCAGGAAGGCUCAAGGACCUUUGACCAGCUGGAUGCCGUGUCAAGUUUACCCACCCCCAGUGACAUCCUUGUAUCCUAUUCCACUUUCCCAGGCUUUGUCUCCUGGAGAGACAAGAAGAGUGGCUCCUGGUACAUCGAGACCCUGGAUGGCGUCCUGGAGCAGUGGGCUGGCUCUGAAGACCUGCAGUCCCUCCUUCUCAGGGUCUCCAAUGCUGUUUCAGAGAAAGGCAUUUAUAAGCAGAUCCCUGGAUGUUUUAACUUUCUCCGGAAAAAACUGUUUUUUAAAACUUAACGAGGUUUGGGGCUGCUCACUGCCUCAUUCUUCUCCUCAAAACCUUCAUGGCCUGGAGGUGGCUGAGGCCAGAACCGACCUGCAAAGCAAGGUGUUUAUAACUGAGGCAGGCUGCACUCCCUGUUGGUGGCAAACAGGCGGCUCUGGUGGGAGACAUGCUGUGGCUGCCCCCUGGCCUUUUCAUCUGUGGUUAGGGACUGUGACCUGUGACCUCCAGGUCCUCUCUAGGGCUUCUCCCACUGCACUGCUGAUGUGGGGUUGCAUAAUCCUGUUAUAGGACUGUCCUGUGUGUUGUGGUGUUUUGAGCCAUCUCUGGUCUCUACCUGCCAGCUGCCAGGAGCACCCCUCCCAAGUUCUGCCAACCAGAAAUGUCUUCAGACAUAGUCACAUGUGUCCUGGGGGACAUAACGGCCUCACUGGAGGACAGU